AUGCAGUGCUCCCUUACCAGAUCAAUGCAAUCUGUAAAACAAGACUUCAUGUUAUCCCCUUCCAUAUACUCCACCAUGAUUCCGCCCGAGACCACAGAAAUGAACUACUUUGUUCCUGAAAAUCCCUCGUCUUUUCCUGCUAAUUUCGACUUCGUGCAAAGCAAUUUACCAGCAUUUGAGUUAAACAGAUUCUUGACCAACUUACCAAAUUAUCAGACAUCUCCUCCAGUUCAUGAGUUCACUCCAAAUUCCUCAUGCAACAGCAACAACUCGACCUCUGAUGAAACAGAUGACCCUCAGUUUUGUAUCAUCGAUGAAAGAAAGCAAAGGAGAAUGAUAUCGAACAGGGAAUCCGCUAGAAGGUCAAGGAUGCGAAAACAGAGGCACCUUGAUGAGCUGUGGGCACAGGUUCUUCGUCUUAGAACUGAGAAAAACAAUCUCAUAGACAAGUUGAACCACGUGUCAGAGUGCCAUGACAGGGUUCUUCAAGAGAAUGAAAGGCUCAAGGAAGAAGCUUCUGAUCUUCGCGAUAUGCUGAUAGAUCUCCAACUUGGUACUUCAUAUUCUGCUUUUAGAGAACUCGGAGACGUUCCAUGCAACAGCACUUAUUUCACAACUGAAUCUUCAAAUUAG